AUGACUUCAAUUACAUAAGAAUAUUCUUUAAAUGAAUUCCAAUCAUCUAAUUUUCAUAAAGUAUGUAUUUACAUAAUAUGAUUUAGCUAAUAAUAACUGUAUUCUAUGACAAUGAUGAUUAUAAAACUAGAUUAGAGAAAUUAUUAAAAAUAGUACCCCUUGAUAAUGAAAAAUAUGCAUUGUCUUAUUGUAAAGAUGAGUAAAUAGCCAAAAGUCAUAAUGUAUAUUAAUAUUCAAAUUUAGAUUUAAUAAUUACCAUCAAUUUUGAUAACAUCAUAUCCUUAAUUAAUAAAUGGUUAAAUAUUUAGUAUAGAACCUGCAUAAAUUAUACUAAAAUUAUAGGAAAUAUUCGAACAAUUUGAAAAUGAAUUCAAAAAUUAAUAAUCAUACUAUUUUAAAAAAAUAGAAGCUAUGAUUAAAGAAAAUCCUAUAAUGAUGUUUAUUGUAGGUACACCUGAAAAACCUAUGUGCAGAUUUACAUCAAAGUUAAUUUAAAAAUUAUAGCCAUUUGGAAUUUAAUUUGGUUUUUAUGAUAUUGAAAUUGACAAACUAAUGGUUAAUUAUUUAAAGCUAUAUUCAAAAUGGCAAACCUUUCCUUAAGUUUUUGUAAAUGGCAAAUUAAUUGGAGGAGCUGAUGUAUUAUUUUAUUAUAUAACAAUAAGGCAACAGUAGAAUUAAUUGAAAAAAAGGCAUUUGCUGAAUUAAUACCAAAAGAGGCAUUCAUGACUAAAACUUCAAAAUUAGAGUAAAUUUAACUAAUUUCAAAAUAUAUCAUCUUAAUUGAUGGCUAACCUGAUCAAAAUUGUGAAAUUGCUAAAAUAUUAACAGAGAGGAAAAUUCCUUAUCAAUUUUAUAAUAUUGGAAUGGAUUAAGAAGUUAGAUCAGAAGUUUUAAAUUUUCUCUCUAGUUAUAUUGAAACAUCCCAUGAUUUAGAACCUCUACUAUUAUAUAAAGUAAUUAUAUAAUUAAUUUUUUAGAAUACAAUAUAUAAUGAAAUAACUUUAAAAAAAGAAUUGAGUAUUUUACAAUGAAAGAG